AUGCUUUUCUUCACCCAGUGCUUUGGGGCUGUGUUAGAUCUUAUUCACCUGCGGUUUCAGCACUACAAGGCAAAGAGGGUUUUCUCAGCUGCUGGGCAACUUGUCUGCGUCGUCAACCCAACGCACAGCCUAAAGUAUGCACCGACCCGCUGUGCAGCUGCGCAGACGUCCGCCGACCAAGGUGUCCUCCCUCCCUGCCAUCACCACGAAGCAGUGCAUGACCCCCAGCUGGUUCCCUGCACGUGCCCGCUCUUCUCCUGCCCAUGGGAAGGGCACCUGGAGGUGGUGGUGUCCCACCUGAGGCAGACCCACCGCAUCAACAUCCUUCAGGGGGCAGAGAUUGUCUUCCUGGCCACGGACAUGCACCUGCCUGCACCCACGGACUGGAUCAUCAUGCACUCUUGCCUUGGCCACCAGUUUUUGCUGGUUCUCAGGAAGCAGGAGAAGUAUGAAGGCCACCCUCAGUUCUUCGCCACGAUGAUGCUGAUCGGCACGCCAACCCAAGCCGACAACUUCACCUACCGGCUCGAGCUCAACAGGAACCAGAGGCGCCUUAAAUGGGAGGCGACCCCGAGGUCAGUACUGGAGUGUGUUGACUCCGUCAUUUCAGAUGGGGAUUGCCUUGUGCUGAACACUUCCCUGGCUCAGCUCUUUUCCGACAAUGGAAGCCUAGCAAUAGGAAUUGCAAUAACCACCAGCAAAGUUCACAAUGCUGAAGCUGAAAUGUGAAGGGAGAAGAGGAAGAAGAUGAGGAAGAGGAGGAGAAACAAUGGUGCUCUAGAUGCCUUGUGAGAGCCAGAACUUAUGGACUUUCUG